AUGAGCCAGCUGUACACUACCGUGCUAGACCUUCUCACGAACCCCAAACACUCAAGAUGGAUUUGCCCACUGCUACUAGCCUUAGAUUCAUGCCUAUGCGCUGCUAUCAUCUUCAAGGUCCCAUACACCGAAAUCGAUUGGUCUACCUACAUGCAACAUAUCCAUUUAUAUCUUUCCGGUGAACGAGACUACACGGCCAUUAAAGGAUCGACUGGACCACUCGUCUAUCCUGCAGGCCACGUAUAUGCCUAUACCGCUUUCUAUAAUGUUACGAAUGAGGGACGCAAUAUACCAUCUGCACAGGCCAUAUUUGCAGUGCUAUACCUUUUCUUUUUAACGAUUGUCAUGGCAUGCUAUAGGGCUGUGCGUGCUCCACCGUAUAUAUACCCGCUCCUUGUGCUUUCGAAGAGACUACACAGUAUCUUUAUGUUACGGAUGUUUAAUGACGGUAUCGCCGCGGGUUUUAUCUGGGCAUCGACAUAUAUGAUGCUAAAUAAGCGGUGGAAUGUCGCCGUCUUGCUAUGGACCUUGAGCGUAAGUGUCAAAAUGACGGGAUUGCUUGUUGCUCCUGCAAUUGCAGUAAUCCUCACGUUUGCCGUGGGAUUUGGACAGGCGCUAGGAAUGGGUGUGGCAUUCGUACUGGUCCAGGUCUUACUUGGCCUACCCUUUCUAUUAGAGAAGCCCAUGGGCUAUCUGUCAAGGGCAUUCGAAUUUACCCGACAAUUCCUCUUCCAAUGGACUGUAAACUGGCGAUUUAUCGGAGAAGAGGUAUUCUUGUCCAGGUCCUUUUCCGUUGCUUUGUUAGCCAUACAUUUAUCAUUGCUGGUGACUUUCUUGGCCUUCGUUUGGAUCCGUCCGGCGAAUAAGGACCUUGGUUCUCUUAUACAAAGAGCGUUUUGCGGACAAAGCCUGCAAUGCAACAUAUCCCGAUCCUAUGUUGCUACAACGAUGAUGACGUCUAUGGUUAUUGGGCUGCUCUGUGCACGGAGCUUGCACUACCAAUUCUUUGCAUAUCUUGCGUGGACGUCACCGCUGAUACUGUGGAAAAGCGGCUCCCACCCGGUCUUUACGUUCAUUGUGUGGGCAGCUCAGGAGUGGGCAUGGAACGUCUAUCCUAGCACAAAUGCAAGCUCGAUGGUGGUUGUGGGUUGUCUUGGAGUCCAAGCUAUCGGUGUGCUCUGUGGGAAUAAGCAGAGGAUUGACGAAGACCCGGCCAGGUCCGAAGGACAAGCUAAAUAA